UCGUUGCAAAACAGAAUACCCAUUCGGACAGUGGUGCAAGAGGACAGUCACCGAGAACACCCUGGACAGCACAGCUUUAGGAAAAUGAUGCUAUCAGAAGUCAUGCAGGUGCUGCGUGGGGCAGGUAAAGUGGGGUCUGCCUUGGUCACCACCCAGGGAGAACAGCUCCGAUUAAUGGCCUGCAACUCCUCCAUGGGGGCAGGAUUCAAAGUUGCUCAGGACGUGGUGGAAGGACUUGUGGGCACCUUCAUGGGUGGCAGCAAUGAGCAACAGUCAAUACAGGAGGAUGUGUUUCCGGAUGCGGAGGGCUGGGAGAAGAUGGACCCUGAUGAAGCAGCCAAAUGGGCCAUGGGGUCCGAGUUCCCCCCUGAUGUUCCAGAGCAAAGCCAGACAGAGGCUGGAGCUGCAGCAGGCAUGCCAACAGGAGGUCCUCCUCCCCCAGGCGCAGCUCCUGCAGGGGCGGGCUGGCCAGGACAGAGUGCUCGCUUUCUCCACACGACCCACGGCCUCCAUCCGUACCUCUUCCAGACCAGGUCGGUCCACGACUCUGUGGUUGCCCGACUCACACCAGAGGACAUCAAGAAAGCUAGAGAGGCCAAGCAGGCCCUGGUCAAACCUGUCAGACAGAAGCUUAGCGACCGUGCCAGAGAGAGGAAGGUUCCCGCCACAAGAAUCAGUAGACUGGUGAAUUUUGGCGGACUGGCAGUAGGACUUGGAAUUGGUGCCAUUGCAGAAGUGGCAAAACAGUCACUGGGAGGCAAACAAAAAGGAGACAUGAGUGCCUUGUUAGACUCCCCUCUCCUGUCAGAGGCUAAUGCUGAGAGAAUAGUCAACACACUGUGCAAGGUCCGCGGCGCUGCACUCAAGAUAGGACAGAUGCUCAGCAUUCAAGACAACUCCUUCAUCAAUCCCCAGCUGCAGAGGAUCUUUGAGAGGGUCCGGCAGAGCGCAGAUUUCAUGCCUACCUGGCAGAUGAAUAAAGUUCUGGAGGAGGAGCUGGGGCCAGGCUGGCGAGAGAAGCUGUCCUCCUUUGAGGACAGACCGUUUGCUGCAGCGUCCAUCGGCCAGGUGCAUCAUGCAGUGUUAAAAGAUGGGAGAGAAAUCGCCAUGAAGAUCCAGUACCCAGGAGUGGCAGAGAGCAUCCACAGUGACAUUAACAACCUGAUGUCAGUUCUGAAAAUGAGCGUGGUCCUGCCAGAAGGUCUGUUUGCCGACAGCAGCCUAGAGGUUCUUCAGAGGGAGCUGGCAUGGGAGUGUGACUACAAGAGGGAGGCAGAAUGUGCCAAAAAGUUCAGGUCCCUGCUGGAGGGGAGUGAGUUUUUCCACGUCCCUGAGGUAAUUGAUGAGCUGUCAGGCCGCAGGGUGCUGGCCAUGGAGUUGGUACAGGGAGUCCCACUGGACCGCUGCGUAGACCUGGACCAGGAGACCAGGAACCAGAUCUCUUUCAACAUCCUCCAGUUGUGUCUCAGGGAGCUGUUUGAGUUCAGGUUCAUGCAGACGGAUCCAAACUGGGCCAACUUCUUCUACAACUCGGACACCAACAAGGUUGUUCUGUUGGACUUUGGAGCAUGCAGAAGCUACCCAGAAUCUUUCACAGAUGACUACAUACAGGUGGUGCACGCAGCUUCUGUGGGUGAUCGAGCCACUGUUCUUUCCAAAUCGAAGGACCUGAAAUUCCUGACAGGCUUCGAGGCCAAGGCCUUCCAGGAGGCCCAUGUGGAGGCAGUGAUGAUCCUCGGUGAAGCCUUUGCCUGUACGGAGCCCUUUGACUUCGGCGUCCAGAGCACCACUCAGCGCAUCCAGAACCUCAUUCCCAUCAUGCUACGCCACCGCCUCACCCCUCCGCCCGAGGAGACGUACUCCCUCCACCGCAAGAUGGCCGGCUCCUUCCUCAUCUGCUCCAAACUGAAUGCACGAAUAGUGUGCAGGGACAUGUUCAUGGAUGUGUACAACAGCUACAACCAGAGGAGGCAGGCGGAGCGGGCAGCCCAGGCCACUGUGUAGACAGCCAGGGACAAAGUUACUGCCUAGGACUUUUUCAGAGUGGGCUGUCAGGAAAAGGGACAGAAAAAGAGUCUCCAAGAGACAGUGGAUCAGACUAAUCUAAGACUGUACAAUAUGUAACUGACUAUGGACCAUUGAUGUUUAUGCCUGUCUCCUUUCAGUGCAACAGCUCACUGACGUCAGUGCGAGCGUAUAAUGAUCUGGGCGAUCCCACCCCGACAUGUCGGUCGGUGACUCAUCGAGGCCCGAGUAAACUCUCACACUCAUGUACAGACAAACAUAAAUACCUAUUAACUGUGACGUUUAAUUUGAAAAUAAUGGCGAUGGUAAUUGUGUCGGAACAAAUAUAUGCUGAAGCCUAAAUGGCUACAUUAGUGAUUAAAUUUGUAUAUUAAUUGAUGAGGGGAUUAUUUAGUUCUUUUUGAGUGUUGGUGUGUGUGUUUGGUCAUAUUGGCUCAAUGGUUACAUCUCUCUCUGUCACACACUACACAGUGCUGCUGUACAUUCGCGCCAGCUUUGUGUGCAGUUUCUUGCUAAAAUGAAUUCAUCCUGACACCAAGGUCCACCACAUUUCCCACAGAAUGGCCAUCCUCUGUCUUGAGGACACAUAAGAGGCCGUGCAUGAAGCUGCCAAGUGCUCUUCUUUGUUUGAAGGACUUUGUGUGCCGCCUGAUAAAUUGGCAAAUAAAGCUUCCUCCUAAAUGUGAUGACUGGCAGACUAGAUGAGCAGAUUAUUUAAGGAAUUAGUCUAAUGGAGUAAUGGCCUUACAUUAUACUUUAUACUACAUAAAACUCAACAAUGUCAAAUACUGUCAGUCCUUUUUUCUGUUUCUUUAUGACAGAGAUGUGUAUUGUAAGCCAUAUGGCAGAGUGCUGUGCAUUGUUUUUUAUUAAAUAAAAUAUGAAAG